AUGUCUCCGCUAUCGAAUAGUCAGUUGACCAGCCUGCCAACGUAUAAUUCCCUGUCGACUUCGCGACUUAAGGCGUUAUAUUCCGACUUUUCGUUGCAGAAGCACUCAAAUCCCACAUCAUAUUCUUCCAAUGUCGAGUGGUGGCGUCGGACCUUAGAGGCUGUUGUCCUGAGAGGAUGGCCUUACAUAAAUCAAACACAGUCUGCCAUACCAGAUAGACUAGUUCUGCAUGCGGAAGGAGCAGCGUUGUCGGAAGAUUUCAGGUUCGAGGGAGUCGGCAAGCCGCUGAGCCUGCCUACAGUGAUAUCCGAGCUUUGUGCAAUGAAAGCAUACUUUUCACUUCCAGAGUUUCUGAGUGCUCCACAGUCUAUAUACAACCCGGGUUGGCUGCCAUAUCGAAUAGCAUCCUACGUUAUCGGCAAGCCGCUGUGGUGGUCAUUGCAGCAACUCAACAUUAUGAAUGCGGAAGAUAACACACUUGGGCAUACAAGCUACAACGAGCGAUGGAAGAAGGUCAGAGGCGAUUAUGUCGUUCUGAGCCUCCUGGAGAGAGCAGCGGACAACGUGAUCCAGAGGCAGCGAAGGAAAUCCGACGUCUCUCUCGUCAGCUCGUUGUAUAAUAUGGACAGCUUUCGGAGGGAAUUCGCAGGUCAUGCAUUGGAGGGCGUGGUGCUAUCAGACUUGGAUUUGAAGGUGUUGGUCAGAUACCUCGAGCGGGAUAGAAGCAUUAUUCUCGUCCAGAAAGAGGUCAUUAAAUUUGUCGAGGGCGAUGCAACACAGUUUCAAGGGAUAACAUCUGUUGACGAGGGUGUUUUAGAGUUGAAGACGGCUAUUGAACGAUUGCAACUGCAAAUCGACAGUAUUCACGUCAAGAUCAACGAACGCACUGAACAAAUUUCAACGUCUUUACGAAUCAAACGGAAGGAAAUCGCUUUGAGCCAUCUGCGUGCGAAGAAGCAACUUGAAGAUUUGCUCGGCAAACGCCUCAACUCCCUAGACGCUCUGCAAUCCACGCUCCUACGCGUUGAAGCGUCUGCGGGUGAUGUCGAGAUCAUGAAGUCCUACGAAAGUUCUACCGUCACCCUGCGUGCCAUAUUGGCACAUCCGUCAUUGCAGCGAGAUAAAAUCGACGAGACAAUGGAUGCUAUGGCUUCAGCGAAUGCUGACGCUAGGGAGAUCGACGAUGCCAUUCGCGUGGGUACCGAGGUUGCGGUAUCGGAAGCUGGCAUCGACGAUGCUGAAUUGGAAGACGAGCUAAAGGCUCUCAUCCAGGAAGAGGAGAAAGAGACCAGGGAACGAGUGCAGGAAGAACAGGCGCAGAGGGAGGGCGCGAAGGUCCAACUCGAGCGAGAAAAGCUCACUGCCGAUGGGCUACGCGUGCCAUCGAGCAUAUAUGAAGGUCAUGCUGUAGAUCGCGAGGACAAGGCCGAUUCCAUACAAGCGGAGAUGCAGACCGCUCAUUGA